GACACUGAUGAAACUGACAGCCCGGCUGCUUCCAAGAGGAUUCAGCAUCUCAAGGAGGAAUGCGCCGAGGACCAGAGCAUCAGCAGGGAGGCUCAAGUGUUCUUCAAGUUUAGUAGAGGAAUUCAUGCAGGAUCACAGUCCUCUCCACUUCUUAUAACAAAGCUUAUCAUCUACAGCCCCUUAUCACCAGCUAAUGUAUAGAAGAAAUAUACAGAAUAUUUAUCUACUCACAUAGAUCUGCCCUUCUUGCUGGGCUGAUACAGUUAUUGGACUGAUCUGAGGAAGAGUGUGAGGGUGGAGUGCAGGCUGACAUCAAAGCUGUACAUAGGCAUGUGAAGAUAGGAAAUCUAAUUAUACUGUGUAUAAGGAGGGCAGGGAAGAACACACAAGCCAUCAGUCCUUCACACUAACCCCAAAGAUGGUAAUACCUAUCCCUAGAGAUGAAGAUGUUCUAUUAACAGCUUGAGGAGCAGAGGGCAAAUUCUGGGGUGACCCUGGGGCAGACUAUGCAGGGUUAAGGGGAGCUGAGCAGCCUUUAACUUCAUCACUUAUCACCUCUAUGGUCUGGGAUCCAUUUCCUGACAUGCAGAGCAAGGGAAUAACCUUCAUUGUGUUCCUGGAAUGGAUUGUCUCAGGGCACUCAGACUCAGAUUCAGUAAAGUUCCACCGUCUCCGUUGUGAUGGACAUUCCUGCAACCCGCCGGUUGGGAACCUUGCUAUUGGCCGGACACCCGUCACUCUUACCACUUGUGGCCAAAAUGUCAGUGAACUCUAUUGCUUCUAUCCUGACGGUCAAUUCCAACAGACACCAAUCUCUUGCAGCCAAAGCCAGUGCAGAAAAUGUAGUACAAACCAGCCUGAGAACUCCCACCUUCCUUCCCACAUGACAGAUGAUGUCUUCUCCAGUCCGGCUACUUGGUGGCAGUCAGCACAAGGCGUCCUCAGAGAGGAGAUCAGGUUGGACUUUGAGACAGAGUUUUACUUGACGCAUGUUAUCAUGGUCUUUAAGUCCCCCCGUCCUGCAGCAAUGAUCCUGGAGAGGUCUCUUGACCAUGGAAAGACUUGGAGAGCCUACAAGUACUUUGCUACUAACUGUACAGCUACUUUUGGCCUUCAGGAUGACCUGAAUGAAGAGGGAUCACAGUGCACCUCCAGGUAUUCUGAUGCUUGGCCCUGUACGAGAGGAGAGGUGAUAUUUCGAGCCUUAAAUCCAGCUAAUAGGAUUGAAGAUCCCUACAGCCCUGAGGCACAAGAACUGCUGAAGAUUACCAACCUGAGACUUCUGUUAUUAAAGAGGCAGGAAUGUCCCUGUCAGGCUUUGCUGGGGUUACGGGAAAAGCCCCAAAGAUUCGCUCAUUACGCCAUUUAUGAUCUGAUCGUGCGUGGAAGCUGUUUCUGCAAUGGACAUGCGGAGGAGUGUGAGCAGGUGGACAGUGCGCCUGGAUCUGAAGCUGCUGUCCAUGGCAAAUGUGUGUGCCAACACAACACUGCGGGGGAUCAUUGUGAAAAGUGUGCCCCGAUGUACAAUGAUCUACCAUGGAGGCCAGGAGAUGGGAAAAGUGGAGACCCCAAUGAGUGCAAACGCUGCCGUUGUCACAAUCAUGCUGUCAGCUGUCGCUUUGAUCACAACGUCUGGCAGUCCUCUGGAAAGAAGAGCGGAGGAGUGUGUGAAAACUGCCAGCACAACACAGAAGGGCACCGCUGCCAAAGAUGCAGGGCAGGCUACUUCAGGGAUCACACGGAGCCCAUCAGCUCCCCUCUGGCAUGUAAAGAAUGUUCCUGCAAUACAAUUGGCUCAGUGAAUGAAACACUGAACCGAAGUUGGAAGUGUGACCCCAAAACUGGUUUCUGUUACUGCAAAUCUGGUGUGGCCGGCCCAUACUGUGAUCGCUGUUUGAUGGGAUACUGGGGGUUUGGAGAGAAUGGCUGUCGACCAUGUGACUGUGCAAGAGACUGCAACCCUGACACAGGGGAUUGUCAGAACAGCAAUGACAAUGGGCAUUAUCUAAACAUUCCUAUUGGUGGCCGGAUUCCUGAUAUCAUAGACGCACCAACCAAUGACAGUGAAGACAACUGGAAGUGGACAAGUGAACAGGGCUUUUCAGCUUUGCGACAUCCAGAGAAGUGUGUGUGCAAGGAGCGGAUGCUGGGGAGCAUAACGGAUUUCUGCCAGAUGAAGUAUGCGUAUGUCAUAAAAGCAAGGAUCCUGUCCGCACAUGAUAAAGGAACACAUGCAGAAGUAGUUGUAAAAGUAAGAAAAAUCCUAAAGUCAGGAAAAGUGAAAAUUGGUCGGAACAACCGGAGCAUCUAUCCUGAAUCGUGGACCAAUCGUGGCUGCACAUGCCCCAUCCUUAACCCAGGUGUAGACUACCUAAUAGCAGGACCUGAAGACACCUGGAACAACAAACUACUGGUCAACAUGAACAGUCUGGUCAAGCCCUGGAAGGCAGUUUGGGCCAAACAGGCCAUUGACUUCAUCCGCUUUGGCUGCAAAUAGGUCUUGAGCAUCUUCGAGCAGUUGACUUGAUCCUUCAGAUUUUCUCAUAAGGGCUUUUUCUUCUAUUCAUCUACCAGUAGCAUAGAUCUCACUCCAUAAACAAGGAACACUUAGGCCAAGCUUCAUCCUCUGGGGCCUCUCAGAUCGAUGAGCAAUGACAGAUAGAAACCUCCCGGAAAUAAGCUCACGGCACCAAAAAUCAUGUGAUCAGGAAAGCUCCAAUGCUGUGACUGGUCGUUUUCUUGAUGAAUAAUGCUGCUUGCAACCCAUUAGAAAUCUAUGAUGACUUUGGAUAGAUGUUCCAUUGCUGGAGAAUACACUAGAUGUGAAAAAUCAUUGACCUGUGACUGUACAAUGGGACACAAUUACUAGCAUCCAACCAAAGACUAAAUUGAUCCAUCUUGGACAUUUUGAAGAUGCAGAACGUCGUCUUACACUGUGGCUGACUGCAGUUAUACAUAGGGAAGGAAUUGUCUCUGGAGAUUCGCAGCACUGACGUUAUGUGACAGAAAGAAGUGGACGCCGUUUCCUGUCCGGUCCAGUUGAAGAACCUUAAAUGGUUAACAACAGGGAUCACUAUAUGCAACCAAAUGGAGAGAAGAUCUACUGCAGGUGUAAUGUACUGUGCCAAGAUAUAUACCUGUGUAGUAGAGAUGAGCGAACUUACAGUAAAUUCGAUUUGUCACGAACUUCUCGGCUCGGCAGUUGAUGAC